CUUUACUGUGUUUAGAAGGCAAGGGGGUGGCUGCCGGCCGGUGCAGUCCGAGGAGAGCUACCUGGAGUGCACUGGCAGGAGCCAUGAUUCGCCCCCGCACACUCCGAGUAGAUUAUGGUAAAACUGCAAACGCCGUAUGCGUGGUUGGGUCUGCGCUUCACCUGGGCCUGAACAGAAGCGCGCCUCCCAACUCCACAUUCUUCUCAGUCAAAUGUACCCCCAACGUUCAGUACAGCAUUGUCCCGCCAACCCAGGUGACCUCUCACCUCUCCCCCAUCGCCCUCGAUGGAAAAUCAGUGCUGCUCAUCUCCAUGACGAGUGCCAGCCAACAUGAGAACGACAGCAAGCUUACUGUUCGAUACUACGGUGAAAAUCAAGAAGUUUUGAGCAACGCCAUCCUGCACCUGACAGCACUUGAGAUCUCUCUUGAUGUGGAUGCUGACCGAGAUGGCGUUGUGGAGAAAGACAACCCCAAUAAGGGAUCUUGGAAGUGGGGUCCCGAUGGGCACGGAGCCGUCCUAUUGGUCAACUGUGACUCGGAGCGCCGCUAUGCCAAGCAACCUGACACCGAGGUCGACUACAUCGCCAAGUUAUCUGAUUUGCGGGACAUGUCCGAGAUGGUGCUGCGGACGCGCGGCCCAGCCAAGCUCCCGCACGGCUACAAACUCACCAUGCACAUCUCUCAGGGCGAUGCAGAAAGCGUCAGGGUCUACAGGCCCAGGUCUCAGUCGUUCGGCAGCAUCCUGUCUGGCGUAUCUGGCGGAUUUACGAGAGUGCUGUCAAGUCAGGUGUUGUCCGGGCAAGUGCCGUACCUCGGGGGUGUAGCAGAGACUAACUUUUACGUGGAGGGUCUCAGGUUUCCAGAUAAGGACUUUGACGGGCUCAUCACUCUCAAUCUUAGCCUGCUGGAGCCCAUUUGCAAAGGUCUUCCCGAGACCCCCAUUUUCACCGACACUGUCGUGUUCAGAGUGGCGCCGUGGAUCAUGACGCCAAACACCCUGAGGCCUGUUGAGGUUUUUGUAUGCAGCACGUCAGACAACUACGGCUUCUUGAAAGGAAUGAAGAGUCUGGUGGCGAGGAGCGGCUAUAAACUCAACAUCUGUCACGAGUAUAUGAACAGAGGUGACCGCUGGAUGCAAGAUGAGCUGGAGUUUGGUUACAUCGAAGCGCCUCAUCACCGCUUUCCCGUGGUCUUGGAUUCCCCCAGAGAUGGGAAACUUUUGGACUUUCCGUACAAUGAGCUACUGGGUCCUGAUUUUGGCUACGUGACGAGAGUGGCCCUCAGGAAAGACGUGAGCAGUUUGGACUCGUUCGGCAACCUGGAGGUCAGUCCUCCCGUCACGGUCAACGGCAAAGAGUAUCCGUUGGGAAGAAUCAUCAUCGGCGUCGCGUUUCCCACAACCACCAAUGGACGGAACAUGACCAAAGUGGUGCAGGACUUCCUGUGGGCACAGAAGGUCCAGCAGCCCAUCGCCUUGUUUUCGGACUGGCUGGUUGUGGGCCACGUGGACGAAUUCAUGACCUUUGUUCCCGCGCCAGACAGGAAGGGCUUUCGGUUGCUGCUGGCCAGUCCGGACGCGGGCUACAAACUAUUCAGAGCCCUACAGAAGAGCGGUCAUGGACAGGCCAAACUCUUUGAGGGGCGGAGUGACCAAGAGCAAAUCACAGUGGAUGAAAUACUUAAAGACGAAGCUUUCCAAGCUGAGAACAACUAUGUUCAGAGCUGCAUCGACUGGAACCGAGACGUGCUAAAGCGAGAGCUUGGCCUGGAAGACGGCGAUAUCAUCGACUUACCUAUCCUUUUCAAGUUACAACAGGACGUUGACCAGGAGUUCCGAGCAGUCGCCUUCUACCCCGACAUGGUAAAUAUGAUCGUGCUGGGUCAAAGUCUAGGCAUUCCCAAGCCCUUCGGCCCCAAGGUGAAGGGGCACUGCGCCCUGGAGGCGGAGAUGUGCUCCUUGAUGGAAGGCCUGGGACUCACCUGCACCUUCAUCGACGAUUUUGCCUCCUACCACCGGCUCCUGGGUGAGGUCCACUGCGGCUCCAACGUGCGCAGAGAAGGCUUUGACUUCAAGUGGUGGGACCUGGACUUGUAAAUUGAGGAAGCAUUCACUGCCAUGGUCUUCAUGAAACAUCUUUGUUGUCUUUAUUUACAAUGAGGAUGCAAAGCAAUCAGUAUGUACAAGCGUGUCUUUUCAACAAGCAGACAAGAAGAGCAAUACAAUCAUUUCAUCACUUUUUGGAUCGACCACAAAAGCACAGGCCAAAUGGAUGGAUGUGCUAUUUUGUUGAACCACAUGGAGGCGCCAGCCAUCUGCGCUUCAAUUGAGCAGGUUCAGUUCAAGUCAAAUAAAAAAAAAAAAAGGUUUGAGCUCAGUCAUUUGAGGGUGUUUCCCUCCCUGCAUCUGUUUUACACAAAAUACCUGCAAAAUAAAAGGAAGCAUGUUG